UCUACACAGCGGUCCCCAGCAGCAGCAGCAAUUCAGCCAUGGCGGAUCUAGCCAGAUCAUCGUCGAUCCAGUGAGCAAACAGCCAACGAACGACAAGUGAGAGGGCGGGAGGUGAGGUGAGGGGAAUCCCUUUCUGCUUUUCCCUUUGUGGUCAGUCAUGAAUGAUGGCACUUCACCAACCCUCAAUUCCAUCUCAUUCAUUCAUUCCCCCUCAUUUCGGAAAGUCAGCACCAAAAUUGAAAAUUGAAUUCCCGGUCGGCCCACCCACCCUCUCCUUUUGUAUUCUAAGCCCUCUCCCCAUCCACUUUUCCCCGCUUUCGACGGACUGCCGGCUCGCUCCAUUUCUUUAAUCGCAUUUAAAAUUUUGCGGCUGGUUUCCGAAUCCGAAGGGCUUUUUUUUGGGGGGAUUGGAGGGAGGGAUCAGUGAAGUGCAGAAAUUAUUAAGGGGUUUAUGAAUUAUGUACAUCGAUCCUUUACAGUUCAUUGUGUUGUGGUUGGUUCUUGAGAAAGGGAUUUUCUUUCCUUUUGCUUGCGUUUUAUUUUAGUUCUUGUUUGUGAAUGGCACGCCUGUCAGGGCAACUCAUCAUCAUUCCCUCCACUCUCUCUCAUACAAACACGCACUUUUCUCGGUAGAAAAAAUCUCUGUCUGUAGAAUUUCUGUAGUGUUCCCUUUUCCCAUUUUUUCUCGAGAAACAUCUCCCAUUUACUGUUUAGGGGAAAUCUGGGGAGGUUUCGUGAUCCUGGUCAAUUUGAGAUGAGUCAUUGGAUUGGAUCUGUUUGAGGGAUACAUUUAUUCGUCAGUGACCAAGAGAGUCUUGGAGUUGGCUGGAUUUCUCUAGUCCGAGUUUCUGUUGCGGCCGGCGGCCGUGUGUUGUGGCCUGAAAUCCUGUAAGGGGAGGCGCACGACUCCGCAUUGGGUUUCCGGCAACCUCUGGUGACGUGCAGAGCUCCGGGGGUUGGUUCCGGCUGUUUAGAUUGGGCCUGCAACUUUGGAUCUACAGCUGACUAGCGGAUGAUAGGAGCAGCCUGAUCAGUGGCUGGCAGCAGCACCAUCAAUAUCGUGGGUUGAAGAAGAAGAGGACCCUGAGAAUUCAGCCGUUGUCUGAAUUGAUUUGGUGAACUUGUGACCUGCAUUGGCGCUCGCCACAGCAUUUGAGGUGAAAAUUUGGUUUUAUUGAAGUUACAGAAGCAAAAUGUCUGUGUCAAUGAGAGAUGUUGAUCCUGCGUUCCAGGGGGCAGGGCAGAAAGCUGGCAUCGAGAUAUGGCGAAUUGAAAAUUUUAAUCCUGUUCCAGUACCAAAAUCAGCCUGUGGAAAAUUUUUUACUGGAGAUUCCUAUGUGAUUUUAAAGACCACUGCAUUAAAAAAUGGUGUCCUACAUCAUGAUAUUCAUUACUGGCUUGGUAAAGACACGAGUCAGGAUGAAGCUGGAACUGCCGCCAUAAAAACUGUUGAAUUAGAUGCAGCAUUGGGUGGGCGUGCUGUUCAAUACCGUGAAGUUCAGGGCCAUGAAACGGAGAAAUUUCUUUCUUAUUUCAAGCCAUGUAUAAUGCCUCAAGUAGGAGGAAUAGCCUCUGGAUUCAAGCACGUCGAGGAAGAAGAGCACCAAACUCGUUUGUAUGUAUGUAAAGGAAAGCAUGUUGUUCGUGUGAAAGAGGUGCCUUUUGCUCGUUCCACUCUCAAUCAUGAUGAUGUUUUUAUUCUCGAUACAAAGUCCAAAAUUUUCCAGUUCAAUGGGUCCAACUCAUCCAUUCAAGAGAGGGCUAAAGCCUUGGAAGUUGUUCAAUACAUUAAAGAUACAUAUCACGAUGGAAAAUGUGAAAUAGCUGCUAUUGAAGAUGGAAAAUUAAUGGCUGAUGCUGACACUGGAGAAUUUUGGACCUUCUUCGGUGGUUUUGCUCCACUUCCAAGAAAAUCGUCGACUGAAGAACCCAAGAGUACAGACGUUCCUUCUAAGCUUUACUAUGUUGAGAAAGGAGAGACUGUUCCAGUUCAGGCUGAUUCUUUGACAAGGGAGUCAUUAGACACACACAGAUGCUAUGUUCUCGAUUGUGGGACAGAAGUCUUUCUUUGGAUGGGCAGAAGCACUUCUCUUACUGGGAGAAAAUCUGCAGUUGGUGCUGUUGACGAAUUGUUACGCAACCUUGAUAGAUCCAAAUCUCAUGUAAUCCGUGUGAUUGAAGGUUUUGAAACACAGACAUUUCGUUCAAAGUUUGAAUCAUGGCCUCAAUCCAGUAAUGUAGCUGUGACUGAGGAUGGUCGAGGAAAAGUUGCAUCACUUCUAAAACGCCAAGGAUUUAACGUAAAGGGACUUCUGAAAGCAGAAACUCCUACAGAAGAACCUCAGCCACACAUAGACUGUACAGGAGAUUUACAGGUCUGGCGUGUGGAUGGUCAACAGAAGACUCGUCUUACGGGUUCUGAUCAAUAUAGAUUCUACAGUGGCGAUAGCUAUAUAUUUCAAUAUUCAUAUCCUGGAGACUACAAGGAUGAGCACCUUAUAGGGACAUGGCUGGGAAAGCAAAGUGUUGAGGAAGACAAGGUAACAGCAACCUCACUGGCGAGUAAGAUGGUUGAGUCUAUGAAGUUCACGCCAACUCAGGUCCGAAUCCAUGACGGGCACGAGCCAAUUCAGUUCUUUGCCAUUUUUCAGUGCUUCAUUGUAUUUAAGGGUGGUCUCAGUAAGGGCUACAAAAACUAUAUUACCGAGCAUGGACUUCCAAAUGAAACUUAUACAGAAGAAGGACUUGCACUAUUUCGAGUCCAGGGAAGUGGGCCGGAAAAUAUGCAAGCAAUUCAAGUUGAACCGGUGGCUUCAUCAUUGAAUUCCUCCUACUCUUACAUACUACACAACGGGCCCUCUGUGUUUACCUGGUCAGGAAUUCUAACAUCGCCUGAAGCCCAGGAACUUGCUGAAAGGCAGCUUGAUCUUCUAAAGCCAAAUGUGCAACCUAAACUGCUGAAAGAAGGUGCUGAAUUUGAGCGGUUUUGGGACAUGUUGGGUGGGAAAUCUGAGUACCCGAGCAAGAAAAUUGCUGGAAAUCCCGAGAGUGAUCCCCAUCUAUUCUCCUGCACAUUGUCACAGGGAGACAUCAAGGUGAUGGAAAUAUACAAUUUUGAUCAAGAUGAUCUAAUGACGGAAGACAUAUACAUUCUUGAUUGCCAUUCGGACAUAUAUGUUUGGGUUGGACAACAGGUGGACGCCAAGAAUAAGAUGAAUGCUUUAAAUAUUGGAGAGAAAUUUUUGGAGCAAGAUUUUCUUCACGAGAAACUAUCUGACAAAGCUCCGGUAUACGUGGUUAUGGAAGGGAGUGAGCCAAUGUAUUUCACUCGUUUCUUCUCAUGGGACUCAUCGAAAUCUGCAAUGCGUGGAAACUCUUUCCAAAGAAAAAUUGCAAUGAUUAAAAAUGGGCGUGCCCCGGCAAUUGAUAAACCAAAAAGGAGAUCACCCACCACGCACACGGGAAGAUCUGCAGUUCCCGAUAAAUCCCAACGUACGAGAAGCAUGUCUUUCAGCCCAGACAGGGUUCGUGUUAGAGGCAGGUCCCCUCAGUUCAAUGCACUUGCUGCAAAUUUUGAGAAACCCAACGCAAGGAACCUGUCGACUCCUCCUCCGAUGGUCACAAAAGUGUAUCCAAAAUCCGUAACACCCGAUUCCGGAAAACUGGCUGCAAAAUCUGCAGCUAUAGCAGCACUAAGUUCAACUUUUGAGCAACAGCCACCGCCUGCUCGGCAAGUACUCAUCCCGCGUUCUCCCAAAGUGAGCCCUGAGCUGCCCAAAUCAAAACCUCCUCCAACAAUGCUUAAGCAAAACUCAGUUGAAAAACCUAAGCCAGAGAUCACCAAGGAAGACGUGAAGGAGAACAAAGUCGAAAGUGAUGAAGGGCGUCCUAUAUAUCCGUAUGAGCUUCUUAAGACAACAUCAACCGAUCCUAUUACAGAUAUUGAUGUGACGAAGCGAGAGACUUACCUCUCCUCGGUCGAAUUUAAAGAGAAAUUUGGUAUGGCCAUGGAUGCUUUCUACAAGUUACCCAAGUGGAAGCAAAACAAGCUCAAGAUGGCCCUUAAAUUAUUCUAAGUCUUUUUGAGGAACCCUAUUCUUCUCAGCAUCCGAAAUGAGAGACUAUUUCCCGAGUGAUCAUAGGGAUGGACGGGACAGUGCCAGUGCAUUUUUAGCUGCUGCUGCUCCCAGUAUGCUGCUGCUGAUGCUGCAAUGUAAGUACAUAUCUCCCCAAUGCAUUUACAAGUUCAUGUGCAUAUACACACUCUCCGUUGCUUGCUUGCUUGCUAUUUUAUUUUUUUGAUUAUUCUUCGUGUCGAAUAUUUGGUUGAAGCUGCUUUUGCUUUCUGUUCUUUUUUGUUUGUUUGCAUCCGGCAAUUUAUUUAGCAAGAGUGACUAGAAUUAGAACGUCUGAGUAUCGUCUAAAUUAUGUAUUGAAUUGAGAAUUUACGGGAUAUAUUUGUGUACAUGAAUAACUACUUGUGGACUCGAAUGUUUCUUUUGAGUUUGGUUUGUGAGGUUUUGAUUUAA